AUGCAGUCGCCCGGCAGCCCCUGGGGGGUGGGCACCACACGCCUGCCGCGACAGGUCCGCAAGAUACUGCCGGCGUGUGUGGUCUUUUUCAUGCUGACGCUCUAUCUGUCAAUUACGGGCCUCUUUGGCGAGUUUGGAGGCGCUGGCAGUGGGUUCCCAUCCCGACCAUCGUCGGGGACUGGGCACCUGUUUCCGCGCAAGAUCUGGCAGACGUGGAAGGUCGAUCCGCUGGAGUUUGAUGAGCGUGAUCUGGCGACGGCGCGGAGCUGGACGGCAAAGAACCCGGGUCAUCGGUAUGAGGUGCUCACGGACCAGAAUGAUCUGUACUAUGUAGAGACCUAUUUCGGACCGGACGGGUUCAACCGGCCGGACAUUGUGGCCAUGUACCGGGCUCUCACGGCUAAGAUCAUCAAGGCCGAUCUGCUGCGGUACCUCGUCAUGUACGUCGAAGGCGGGGUAUACACGGACAUCGACGUCGAGGCAUUGAAGCCCAUCCAACGCUUCAUCCCAGAGCGGUUUGACGAGCGUGACAUCAAUAUGAUCAUCGGGGUCGAGAUCGACGAGCCCGCACUCAAAGACCACGCCAUCCUGGGCCCCAAGUCGCAGUCCUUCUGCCAGUGGACGUUUGUCUGCAAACCCGGCCUGCCCGUCAUGAUGACCCUAGUCGACCACAUCCUUCUCUGGCUGAACGAGGUCUCCCGUCGCCAGGGCAAGCCCGUUGCCGAGAUCGAGCUGGACUUUGACGAGGUCAUCAGCGGCACGGGCCCGUCGGCCUUCACCAACGCCGUGCUGGAGUACAUGAGCCAACGCGAGGGCCGCUCCAUUACCUGGGACACCUUCCACAACAUGGCCGAAUCAAAGCUGGUGGGAGGCGUGCUCGUCCUGACCGUCGAAGCCUUUGCCGCGGGCCAGGGCCAUUCCGACUCGGGCAACCACAACGCCCGCACCGCGCUCGUCAAGCACCACUACCACGCCUCGGGCUGGCCGACGAACCACCCCCGGUAUAGCCAUCCCCUGUACGGCGAGGUUGAGCAGUGUAACUGGAACAAGGAGUGCGUGGCCGAGUGGGACGCCAACAUCGCUGCCUUCGACGCCCUCCCCCUCGAGGAGCAGGCCAAGCAGCUCGCCAUCAAACAGGCGAUGGACGUACCGGAAAUGGACGACACGAUACCGAUACCGAUUGAUUUCUGA